AUGAGUAAUAUUGCUAAUGUCUUUAAUCCCCAACAGGAAUCAAAACCAAUUGAAGAUUGUUUGAGUUGUGAUAUUUUCAAUUCAAUUUUUCUUCUUGGUACAGGUGGCUAUUUAGUGAGUGGUAAAGCGAUCAUCAAGGAUAAAAAGGUGUCGCUAAAGAAUUUUAAUGAAAAGAAUCCAGUUUGGUGGAGGAAUAGCAUAAGAGGUUUUGGUGGGUUUCUUGUUGCCUACGGUAUAUACAGAAGUUUUGAUACAUAUGAGUCUUGGAAAACCUCCCAAGAAAAGAAAUUAACAAAUUAG